AUGGCCGUUGACAGCGACAGUGACUUGGCGCAAAUUACCAAACAACAGUUAAAAUUGGGAACAGCUAGCUCAAGCCAGAAUCAACAACAAAAUAAUGGAACAGAAUUUGCAGCAAAAGAUGAGGAGAAGGAAACAAGAUUUGUGACAGUGGCGAAAGCUGGCAUAGUCGACCUUGUGAAUGAGCUUCAAAACAGAGCAAAAGAAGAGGAAAUGGAGUCUGCAUAUUUGACAGCAGCAAGAAACGGCAUUACGGAAAUUGUGCAUGCACUUCAUUUUAAAAUACCAAGUGUCGUACAUGAAACUAACUCUAAAAAUCAAAAUGUAUUGCUUGUGGCAGCGAAGAAUAAGCAAGUAAAUGUUGUUCAGUUGUUGCGGAAGAAUCUUGAAAAGAACGUCUUUCGUAGCUUAAUUUCAGAAAUGGAUAACAGAGAAAACACAGUGCUACACUUAGCUGCAGGUGCAUCGAGCAACGAAACGACUUGGAAGUCACUUGCUACUGUGAUGCAAAUGAUGUGGGAUAUCAAGUGGUAUCAGUACAUCAGUGAUCUUGUGCCGGAAGAAUUCAUUUAUAUACGCAACAAAGAUUACAAGACUGCAUGGGAAAUCUAUGAGGCGAAACACAAGGAUAAAGCGAAAGAGUGCUCAGAGAACCUAAAGGACUUAUCCAAUUCUGGCUCAGUUGUGGCGGCUCUCAUCGCCGGCGUUUCCUUCGCAACGUCGAGCACCGUUCCCGGGGGCACCGACAAGGGAAAACCUAUCUUCGGUGGCCAUCCUGCAUUUAAUGUAUUUGCCACUGCUUCCCUGAUUGGACUUGUCUUCUCCAUCACUGCACUUGUAAUGUUCCUCGCCAUACUAACUUCUUCAAAACAGGCCCAAGACUUCCGCUUUAGCUUGCCAUUGAAGCUUAGUUUCGGCUUAAGUUCUCUUUUUGCAUCCGUUGUUGCAAUGCUUGUUUCUUUUGGGGCUGCACAGUCCUUUGUGCUUGAAGAAAAGUCCAAGAUAAUACUCCUCCCUGUUUAUGCUACCACUUUGUUGCCUUUGGCUCUCUAUGAAGUGCUGCACCUUUCAUUCUGGUUUGAUCUUCUUAGAUUUGUUUCCAAGAAGGAGCCAUGGACAUUGUAG